CGGCAACUUAAAAUUUGUAACCAAACCAUUGCUCAUGACUAUUUUAAGCGGGGGAGUCAAAUAUAAGAGGUGAUUACUACAAAUUUUCUUCAGUCUAUUCUAAAAGAUCGCCGGUCGUAAACAAUAUAUCAACAAUGGAUGAUGAUGAACAGAAAGUUGCAAUUAUGCGAAAAGCAUUCCAAAUGUUCGACACAACAAAAUGUGGUUUCAUCGAAACCAGCAAAAUUGCAACUAUUUUAAACACAAUGGGACAGUUGUUCGAUGAUAAUGAGCUACAGGCCCUUAUUGAUGAAAAUGACGUAGACUCCUCUGGAAAAGUUAAUUUUGAUGGUUUCUCCAAUAUUGCUGGACAUUUUCUUGAAGAAGAAGAUGCUGAAGCUAUGCAACAGGAACUUAAAGAAGCUUUCAGAUUGUACGACCGAGAAGGAAAUGGUUACAUUACAACCAGCACAUUGAAAGAAAUUCUCGCAGCUCUUGAUGACAAAUUGAACAAUGCUGAUUUAGACGGUAUCAUUGCUGAAAUUGAUACUGAUGGAUCUGGAACCGUAGAUUUCGAUGAAUUUAUGGAGAUGAUGACUGGCGAUUAAUUGCUUUAACACCUAGUUCGAUAUGUGUCCCGACAACAAAACAUAAUUGAAUAAAAGGAUUCUAAAAUCACAAAA